GCCUGGAGGCUUCAAACUCAGAUGAUCGGGUCAUGGCCGUCUCUUUCCUUUCGAGCUUCUUCUCCUCCUUGCUUCCUUCAAAGUCAUCGUGCCCACGACCAGCCUGCCUCCAUUGUCUCCCCUCACAGCUCCGUCUUCAACCAUCCUCAUCAGAGUGGUCGUCGCUGGUCUCAGCCAGCGACUUCACUGAAUCUUCUUCGUCUUUUUCGUCUCUUCAUGCAAGUGAUUGCUCACCCAUCUUGUACCCUGCACUCGCGUAUUCAAAUAUUCUCUUCUUCAAAUCAGCAUAUAACGUUCAGGUCAUAGUGGGCGAGAAUGAGCCCGAAGAUAGGCUGCUGAACCGGUUCAGGAAAGAGGUCCUGAAGGCCGGUGUGCUUCAAGAGUGUAAAAGAAGGAGAUUUUUCGAAAGCCAACAGGACAAGAAGAAGAGGAAAUCUAGAGAAGCUGCAAAAAGGAACCGAAGGAGGAGGCCACAAUCCAGAGCUCUAGUACAAAAGAAAGACGAAGCCCCUAAGAAGAACAAGUAUGAUGAUGAAAAAGAUGAUAACUGGGAACUUCCAGAGGUCGAUCUUCCAUAUUGUUGAAGCACAGAAAAACAUAUAGAUCAAAUGAACUUGAACUGGAUACUCCUUGUAGAUGACUUCACAAAAGUCGGCAUUUUUUUCAAACUUCAUCUUAAGUUCUUAAGUGAAUUAUCUUGUUUGUGCUGGUCUUUCAAUUGUAAUCGGUAUAUGCCAUGGAAAGAAAAAUUCCAAUGUACAGAUUAUCUACUGGAGAUGUGAUAUCAAUGAGCUGUGGUAUUGCUUUGGAUGAUAUGACUCAUUCAACUACUUUGUUAUUCCAUGGUGUUCAUAACUAGUUA